AUGACUUUUCGUGAAAAAGUUAGGCGCGUCUUCCACCGCUCCUCAGCCAGCCAGGAUACUGGCCGUCCCAAGGUGGAAUAUUAUCGUCGCCAUGAGUGCCCCCCUUCCAAGUUCCGCGGACCUUUUGAUAAGGAACAUCAAAAACGCCUUGCUGCGUGGUCCUUUGAUCGGGCGACGGUGGAACGCACGCGUUCUCUCGACUUGGCCCUGUCACCCUGCGCCACCUUUGAUUUACCCGGUCCCAACCCUUUAAUGGACCCAAUGGACAGCGACGAUUCCGGUGAAAUUUCCCCCGACGACGACGGGGUGGAAAUCGUCGAUUCCGGUAUGUUGAACAACCCCCAUCUGCUCAGGUUUCACCCUCUCGGAACCUGGCCGAUAUCCCCCCUCCUCUUAUCGUUCUCCAACCAAGAACAAGAUCAAGACCAGGACCGAGACAUCCUCAACUCGCGCCCCACCAACCACGGCUCUCAGUCCUCGACCGUCGUCAACUCCGAUAGUUAUAACGGCUCCAUGAUGACUCUGCUCAACGAGAAUUCCGUCUAUGACUUCCCCGAAGACCCUAUUUCCCAACUGAAGGAGUCCAUACGCUACUCCUCCCCCCAUUGUCCGCACUCUCUCCCCAACCUCACGGACCCCACGCAAGGACACUCGCUAGAUGGUUGA